AUGAAGUAUGGACUUCGAGCGGACAAUCCCGUGUCAAAUGAAUCGCAAGGAAGAGGUGUUAAGGAUCCGGUUCGUGUGAGAACCAAAGGGACCGGAAGUAGCAAUCAAGCGUCUCCAUCAACUGGUAGGAAGCGAAGGAAAUGCAGCAGCUGCGGAGGAUUGGGCCAUCGAAGGACUAGAUGCCCAGGUGUGGGUGCAUCAGGGAGAAUCGGCAUUGGACUUCAUGAAGUGGCAGGCACUAGCGCCCAACCUGAUCUGGAAGAUGGUCCGUCGGAGCAAAGAAGGUCAAGAAAGAGGACAUGCAACCUUUUGGAAACCUAUCCCAGGUACAUCUGAUUUUCAGCAAUUGCAAAGUUCGCAAGCCAGUAAUGAUAUUCAGGAGGGAUGUAUGGUUUUUCAGUAGUAGAUGAUAGUUAGGAGUGUGUAGUUAAUUUGAUCCCAAAUGAAGUUAUGAAUCACAUUAUGGAGCGUUAGCAUGUGCCAAAGCUAUGAAUCAUGUUAUAGAUUGUUGUUAUGUCAUGUUUUUUGAAAAUUGCUAAAAUGUGUUCGAUGAAUACCAGUAUGUGUGUCACACAAAUGGACUCUGAUAGAAGGUAUUUGGAGGGUGUCUAGUCAUGUGUGGUGGCUUUUUCGAACCUUUUGGAAAUUGUGGUUUAAUUCCCUGAAACUUAAGGGGGUAGCAAUAGGAUAAUUACUAUGGUUGAAUAACGAUAUUAUCUUUACGUGACCCUGUUAAUGUCUUGCCUCGUGCUGUGUUUGAUGAAUUUUAACGUCGAUAAGGUGACUGUGGUAUUUUCAGCUCCCAUGAUGAAGACACCAAAUCAUUGAUUAACAUAUAUUAUUGCUUGGUGGACAGGAACAGGAAAAAAAAAAGAAAAUUCAACAAGCAAUGAAAUUGGAGAAAAAAAAGGAUAA